AUGGACGAGCUUGAUGCCAAGAUAAUUGCGACGCUUCGACAGAACGGCAGGGCGUCCAACGCAGGUAUCGCACGGAGCGCGGGGGUGAGCGAAGGCACGGUGCGCCGCAGGCUGCGCCGCCUCAUCGACGAAGAGCACAUCUUCGUAGCAGCUAUCCCAAAUCCCGCGAUGAUGGGCAAUCCCUUCGAGGCGCUUAUCGGCGUGUCAAGUGGACCCGGACAAAGCCGACUUGGUGGCGGCCGCAAUGGCCGUGAUGGAUGA